AUGAAGUGUCACUCGCCCAUCAUCCUCGCCACCUCGGCGCUGAUUUUUGCGAACCCAGCAACCGCAGACUGGCAAUUCCGCUCCCGCCCAGACCUCGCCCCGCCACGCCUCAACAUCACCAUCCCCGCCUCCGCCGUUGAGCCGGGCUAUCUUUUCCUCGCCCCCUUCGCUGGACUCCCCGACACGCCGACGGCACAGCACGGUCCGCGCCAGGCCGGUCCCUACAUCCUCCGCGACGACGGCGACCUCGUGUGGUCCGGAUACGCCAUCUACAGCAUCUGGGCGACCAACUUCCAGGCCGCGCGGUGGCGGGGCCGCGACGUGCUCUUCAGCUUCGAGGGCGAUCACAACGCCGGGUACGGCCACGGGCACGGGCACGUCACGAUCUUGGACCAGCACUACGAAACGAUCCGCGAGCUGCGGGCCGGAAACCACAAGCUGGUGGACAAGCAUGAGUUCCACGUCGUCAACGAGGAGACGGGACUGAUUCAGAUCUAUCAGCCCGUGCCGAGAGACUUGACGCCGUGGGGCGCCGAGCCUGAGCAGCAGUGGAUUGUGAAUGCCAUCAUUCAGGAGCUCGACAUCGCCACCGGAAAGGUCCUUUUUGAGUGGUCGAGUCUAGACCAUGUCUCGCCCGACGAAGCGAUCCUGCCCAUCAACCCGGGCCAGGCUGGCUCCGGCUACAACAGCUCCGACGCCUGGGACUACUUCCACAUCAACAGUGUCGACAAGGACGACCAGGGAAACUACCUCAUCUCGGCCCGCGACGCCUGCGCCGUGCACAAGAUCAACGGCACCGACGGGUCCAUCCUCUGGCGCCUCGGCGGCACGAACAGCUCUUUCGCCCUCGGCGACGGCGUCGACUUUUGCUUCCAGCACCACGCGCGCUGGCUCUCGCAGGCCAGCGAUGGCGAUGACGACGACGGACAAGAAGUGAUCAGCCUGUACGACAACAGCGCGCACGGCACGGAGCACGACUCUGGCGGCGAGGUUCACACGGCGCCGACGAGCAGCGGCAAGAUCAUCCGUGUCGACACGCGGACCGGCAAAGCGGAGCUCGUGCAGGGGUUCUACCCGCCGGACGGCCUGCGUUCCAAGAGCCAGGGGUCGACGCAGAUCCUGCCGGGGGGCAACGCGCUCGUCAACUGGGGGUCCGAGGGCGCCGUGACCGAGUUCGCGGCGGACGGCACGCCCGUGUUCCACGCGUACGUGGACUCGGGCGCCCUCGGUGUCGGGGUGGAGAAUUACCGCGCCUUCCGGUUCAACUGGACGGGUCUACCGUCCGAGGAGCCGGCGAUCGUCUCGCUCGAAGACGCGGGUGGAACGACAUUGUACGUCUCGUGGAACGGGGACACCGAGACCAAAACGUGGCGGUUCUACGAGGUCAGCGACAAGCACGGUUCGAGGGAGUUCCUGGGCGAGGCAAAGAGGAGGAGCUUUGAGACUUCGCUGCGAGUUUCAGGACGGCGCGUCAACGAGGCCGUGGCCGAGGCUGUUGAUGAGAGGGGAGGCGUCUUGAGGGGGACGGGCAUCGCGAGGAUCGAGCCGGAGGUCCUGCCCAUCACCGCCGGUAAGGGCCGUCAGGUGCCUCGUCCAAAGGUGUCGGAGGGCGAGCCUGUCGAGGGGGCGCCUGGGAAGGUCAAAGGGCUCUGGGAGUGGUCUGCGAUCUGGAUUGCUGGGUGGCGCAAGACCGGUGACCUCUGA